UAUGCAGUACUGGGCCAGGAGGCUGGAGCAGGAGAUUGAUGGAGUGAUGAGGAUAUUUGGUGGAGUCCAGCAGCUCAGAAAGAUCUACGAUGACAAUAAAAACCUGUUUGAAGUCAAGGAGAAUGUGCCCAGGAAAUUGGUGGAGAAAGUUGCAGGGGACAUUGAGAGCCUCUUGGCCAAGAAAGUCCGUGCUUUAAAGAGACUUGCCAACGCGGCGGAGAAAUUCCAGAAGGCUCACCACUGGCAGGACAACAUCCGGGAGGAAGACAUCGAGUACUACGACUCCAAGGCCGACACUGAAUAUGAUGAUCCUGAUGGAGAAGAGAUUGAGAGGGAGAAGUCCAACUCCUUGAAGCUGGAAUUCACCGAUGAUGACAACUUCAAGACCAAGGUUAACUAUUCAUAUGCUGCUGUGCAGAUCCCCACGGACAUCUACAAAGGCUCCACCGUCAUCCUCAACGAGCUGAACUGGACACAGGCACUGGAGGAUGUCUUCAUCGAGAACCGGAAGGAGGAUCCCUCCCUGCUCUGGCAGGUCUUUGGCAGCGCCACCGGCGUCACCCGCUACUACCCUGCCACCCCAUGGAGAGCCCCCAAUAAGAUCGACCUCUAUGACGUGCGCCGGCGGCCCUGGUACAUCCAAGGUGCCUCCUCCCCAAAGGACAUGGUCAUCAUUGUGGAUGUGAGUGGCAGUGUGAGUGGCCUCACCCUCAAGCUGAUGAAGACCUCCGUCUAUGAGAUGCUGGACACCCUCUCAGAUGAUGACUAUGUCAAUGUGGCCUCGUUUAAUGAAAAGGCAAAGCCGGUGUCAUGCUUCAAGCACCUGGUGCAGGCCAACAUCCGGAACAAGAAGGUGUUCAAGGAGGACGUGCAGGGGAUGGUGGCCAAGGGCACAACAGACUACAAGGCUGGCUUUGAGUAUGCCUUCGACCAGCUGCAGAAUUCCAACAUCACACGUGCCAACUGCAACAAGAUGAUCAUGAUGUUCACGGAUGGUGGUGAGGACCGAGUGCAAGAUGUCUUUGAGAAGUACAACUGGCCCAAUAAGACGGUGCGGGUCUUCACCUUCUCUGUGGGGCAGCACAACUACGACGUGACCCCGCUGCAGUGGAUGGCCUGUGCCAACAAAGGUUACUACUUUGAAAUCCCCUCCAUCGGUGCCAUCCGCAUCAACACGCAGGAGUACCUGGAUGUGCUGGGCCGACCCAUGGUUCUGGCUGGGAACCGAGCCAAGCAGGUCCAGUGGACCAAUGUCUACCAGGAUGCCCUGGGGCUGGGCCUGGUGGUGACAGGAACGCUGCCAGUGUUCAACCUGACCGAGGACAGCAGCGACAGGAAGAACCAGCUCAUCCUGGGCGUGAUGGGGAUCGAUGUGGCUCUCAAUGACAUCAAGAGGCUGACGCCGCGUUACAACCUGGGGGCCAAUGGCUACGUCUUCGCCAUCGACCUGAAUGGCUACGUGCUGCUGCACCCCAACCUGCAGCCCCAGAUCAUCAACUUCCGUGAGCCAGUGACACUAGACUUCCUGGAUGCUGAGCUGGAGGAUGAAAAUAAGGAGGAGAUCCGGAGAAGCAUGAUUGAUGGGAAUGAUGGGCAGAGGUUCAUCAAGACCCUCAUCAAGUCCCUGGACGAGCAAUACAUCGACGAGGUGUUCCGGACCUACACGUGGGCUCCCAUCAAAAGCACCAACUACAGCCUGGGGCUGGUUCUGCCUCCCUACAGUACCUACUACAUCCAGGCCAACCUCAGCGACCAGAUCCUGCAAGUGAAGUUACCAAACAUCAAAAUGAAGGAUUUUGAAUACCUGCUGCCCAACAGCUUUGAGUCGGAGGGACAUGUGUUCAUUGCUCCCAGAGAGUAUUGCAAAGACCUCGACUUGUCGGAUAACAACACCGAAUUCCUGGAAAACUUUAUUGCCCUCAUGGAAAAGGUGACCCCAGACUCCAAGCAGUGCGACAACUUCCUCCUGCACAACCUGAUCCUGGACACUGGUAUCACACAGCAGCUGGUGGAGCAAGUCUGGAAAGACCAGGACCUCAACACGUACAGCCUCUUGGCUGUCUUCGCAGCCACCGACGGGGGCAUCACCCGUGUCUUCCCUAACAAGGCCGCAGAUGACUGGGAGGAGGAACCGGAGCCCUUCAAUGCCAGCUUCUACCGGAGGAGCCUGGACAACAAGGGCUACGUCUUCAAGCCACCCUACCGGGAUGCUGGCUACCGGGGGCUGGACCUGGAGAACAACACCAUCGGGAUCCUGGUGAGCACCGCUGUGGAGCUCAGCAUCGAGGGCAAGUCUCUGAAGCCCGCAGUGGUGGGGGUGAAGCUGGACCUGGAGGCCUGGGCUGAGAAGUUCAAAGUGCUGGCAAGCAACCGGACAGACCGUGACCAGCUGGGCACCCGGCGGUGUGACCCCUCAAGCAGCUGUGAGAUGGACUGUGAGGCCAACAACAAGGACCUCAUCUGUGUCCUCAUCGAUGAUGGGGGCUUCCUGGUGCUCUCCAACCAGGAGGACCAUUGGUACCAGGUGGGCAAGUUUUUCAGUGAAGUGGAUGCAAACCUGAUGUCUGCUCUCUACAACAACUCCUUCUACGCCCGCAAGGAAUCCUAUGACUUCCAGUCCGUCUGCGCCCCCGAGGCCCCCAGCAACACGGGCGCAGCGCCCCGCGGCGUCUUUGUGCCCACUGUGGCUGAUCUCCUGAGCCUCGCCUGGUGGACCUCGGCCGCAGCCUGGUCCUUGUUUCAGCAGUUCCUGUACAGCCUCACCUACAGCAGCUGGUUCCAGACAGAGGAGGUGGUGGGGGACGGCAUGGAGGCCAGGGAGACAAGCUGCAUCAUGAAGCAGACCCAGUAUUACUUCAGCACCGUCAACGCCACCUACAACGCCAUCAUCGACUGCGGCAACUGCUCCAGGCUUUUCCAUGCACAGAGACUGGCCAACACCAACCUGCUCUUCGUGGUGGCUGACAAGCCCCUCUGCAGCCAGUGUGAGUCUGUCAAGCUGCUGCAGGCAGAGGUAAGAGCCCCCCCAAGGGACCCCAACCAGUGUGAGCUGGUGGACAGACCCCGCUACCGGAAAGGCCCCCACAUCUGCUUCGACUACAAUGCAACAGAAGAUACCUCAGACUGCGGCCGAGGGGCUUCCUUCUCCCCCUCCCUGGGGGUCCUGCUCUCGCUGCAGCUGCUGCUCCUUUACUCCAGCACCAGCCGGCACCCACUGCCCCCGGCCGCCUGCCUUUAGCCCCCCUGGCCGCCCCCGCCAGCUCUCUUUUCUUUCAACUUCCAUCUCCAUGCCCGUCCCCAGCCCGGUGGAGCAGGAGCGACGUCCCCUCCGCCGCCUCGGGGAUCCCCACGGUGCCGCCCCGCUUUCCCUGCCGGCCGCAGCCAAAGAAGAGUCGGGGUGCGGGCAGGGGCUCCCCCGGCAGAGCGGGGACCGGGAGGGUGUCCCGGCAUCGCGCCCGCCCGACCACUCGGACUUGGAAAAGUGGCGUCGGUGUCCUCCGCCCGCGAACCCCCCCAUCCACCUCGCCUAUUUUUUUAGCCUGAAGAUUUUAAAGCAGAUCUUUCUACAUCGAGUUUCCAACAUUUUCACCUGGAGACCGGCGGGGUUUAUUGUCAGAAACGAGGACA